AUGCCAAGAACAACACCUUCAGAAAAUCUGUCGCCCUACGAAAAUUUAAUAAAAUUCCUACAAGAAAAUAUUAAAUUUUUGAACAGAGAAAAAAGAAGGUUGGAACAAUGCCUACAAGACAAAAAAAUCAAUGAAGCAAAUUUUAAACAAAAAUUUGAAGAAUUCCAAAACCUUAUAAAGGAUCGAAAAUCAAUUUUAGAUGAACUAAUCGAAUAUAAAGAGAAGAUCAACAACAAGUACGAAUUCACUGCAGAGGCUACGAACCAAAUCAUCAAAUGCUUUUACCGUGAGCGUGAAGACCUAAAAAUAGAAGAUGAAAAGAUAGCUGCCGAAAAUGCUAAUUUAGCAGAGGAAAAGGUAGCCACCGAAAAUGUCAAUUUAGUAGAGGAAAAGCUAGCCGCCGAAAAUGCCAAUUUAGCGGAGGAAAAUAAAAAGUUAAAAAAAGAAAACGCUCAACUUAAAAUGGAAAUUCAGUCUCUGAAAAAACAAA